CUCUCUCUCGCUCCCUCUCUCGGCUUACAGUAUACACCUAUCUAUCUUCCACGAGCAUCAGCAGUAUCUCCAUCAGUCUCCGCGAUACGGGCGCUACUACGGCGCAAAGCAUGGCACCUCUGCGCCCCGAAGAACCGCUCUCCGCCGCUGCGCACCUUUGCAUCUUUCUGUUGAUCGCCUCGGUCUGGAUGGCACUGCCGGGACCCGUGCGCUGUGACAGCGGGGCUUUAACUCGGCGCGCCGUGGAGGAUCGUACGGUUAACAUGGGCGGCGUAGAAAGCAGCUCCCCACUGGGCUUACAGACGGACGCGGACGAAGAAGAGAUCGGUGCGGGGAGUUCACGCCGGCUAAGGAGAGCGCUGUCCUGGGAUAAACAGAUGUCCCUGCUCAGCAGCUCCUUCGUGCUUAAAGGGGAUGCGACCCACAACCAGGCGAUGGUCCACUGGACAGGAGAGAACAGCAGCGUUAUCCUGAUCUUGACCAAGUACUACCACGCUGACUCCACCAAGGUCUUGGAGAGCUCUCUGUGGAGGUCCACUGACUAUGGCACAACCUACACCAAACUAAACCUGAUGCCAGGGACAACCAUUGUGGUGACAAGUUUCUACAUCUGCCCGACCAACAAGAAAAAGGUGGUUAUGGUUGGUUCAUCCAUAAACGAGCGAGAUCAGAUGUUGUUUAUCAGCACAGACGAAGGUUCCUCCUUCCAACGGCAGUCGAUCGCCUUCACACCAGACACGCUCAUCUUUCAUCCCAAGGAAGAAGACAAGCUGCUGGCCUACUGCAAGGACGGCAGGCUCUUUGCUUCAACGGAUUUGGGCUACAAGUGGACUUUACUUCAGGAGCGAGUGACCAAGGACAGGAUCUUCUGGUCUGUAGCUGAUGUGGAUGUGGAUCCUGAUCUGGUUCACAUGGAAAUGCAAGAUACAAGUGGAGGUUACCUGUACGUCACCUGUCUCAUCCAGAACUGCUCGGACAAACUGGUGACUGCUCAGUUCCUCGGUAAAAUCGACCACAACUCGCUGCUGGUGCAGGACGACUACAUAUUUGUUAAGGUCACCAUGGGAAAUCGAACCAAGCACUACGUGUCCUAUCGGCGGAAUGAGUUUGUCCAGAUGAAGUUUCCCAAGUAUGCCCUGCCAAAGGAUGUUCAGAUAGUGAGUACAGACGAGAACCAGGUCUUCCUCGCCCUCCAGGAGUGGUACCAGUCUGACACAUAUAACCUGUACCAGUCAGACCCCCAAGGUGUCUACUACUCCCUGGUCCUGGAAAACGUGCGCAGCACCAAGCAGCCAGAGGAGAACGUCCUCAUCGACAUUCUGGAGGUACGUGGAGUCAAAGGAGUUUUCCUGGCCAAUCAGAAGACAGAUGGAAAAGUGACGACUCUCAUCACUUAUGACAAAGGACGCAACUGGGAAGCCUUGACCCCACCUACCACCGACAUGAAUGGCAAACCAGUCAGCUGCAAAGUGCAGCCGGACUGCCACCUCCACCUCCAUCUGCGCUGGGCUGACAACCCCUAUGUGUCUGGGACUGUCCACACCAAAGACUCAGCUCCAGGUCUCAUUAUGGGUGCUGGUAACCUCGGCUCCAAGCUGGUAGAGUAUAAGGAGGAGAUGUACAUCACUUCAGACUGCGGGAAGACAUGGAGACAGGUUUUCGAAGAGGAACAUCACAUCCUGUAUCUGGACCACGGUGGGGUCAUUGUCGCCAUCAAGGACACCUCUAUUCCUCUCAAGAUACUCAAAUUUAGUAUUGAUGAAGGACGGACAUGGAGCGUCCACAACUUCACCACCACUUCUGUGUUCGUUGAUGGACUCCUUAGCGAGCCAGGCGAUGAGACCCUGGUUAUGACUGUGUUUGGCCACAUCAGCUACAGGUCAGACUGGGAACUUGUCAAAGUGGACUUCAGGCAAUCUUUCCCCCGUCAGUGCACAGAGUCUGACUAUGAGUCCUGGCAGCUCACAGACCUGCAGGGAGAGAAGUGCAUUAUGGGCCAGGAGCGGACUUUCAGGAAGAGGAAAGACACAGCAUUCUGUAUAAAAGGGAAAAGUUACACUUCAGCUCUCACCAGCAAGCCCUGCACGUGCACAGAGAAAGAUUUCAACUGUGACUAUGGCUUUGAGAGGUCCCAUGUGGAGAGCGAUCGCUGCUUUGCAGAUUUCUGGUAUGAUCCAGAUUCGCCACCUGAGGAUUGCCAUCUUGGACAGAACUAUAAGUCCAGUACUGGAUACAGGAAGGUGAUAUCUAACACAUGUGAAGGGGGGCUGAACAAGCAGCAGAGCUCCAAGCAGCACAGUUGCCCUCUGCUGCCCCCUAAAGGGCUACAGGUUGGCAUAAAAGGCCAAAUGCUGGCUGUGGCUCCUGGUGAUGACAUCACAUUCAUCGUCCAUCAGGAGCAGGGCGACACUAGUACCACCAAGUACCAGGUUGACCUGGGUGAUGGGGUUCGAGCCAUUUACCAGAACCUGACGGUGACGGAUGAGCCCAUCCAGCACCGCUAUGAAAAGCCAGGCGUGUACAAGGUGACGGUGAAGGCAGAGAACAUGGCAGGGCAUGACAAGGCCACCAUGUACAUCCAGGUGACAGCCCCCCUUCAGGAAGUGCAUCUGGAAGUGAUCCCCAUUGCUGGAAGAAACCAUGAAGUCAACAUGACGGCUGUCGUUCUUCCCACUGAAGCCAACAUGACUGUCUUUUAUUGGUGGAUAGGAGACAGCUUGCAGCCCACAAUGACCCUGCAGAACAGCCUUUUAACUCGAUUCCCAGAGACCGGAGAGAUUUCUGUCACCGUCCAGGUUUCCAACGGCCGAUCCAUGGUUCAGGACACACGGACCGUCAGAGUCUACAAUGACUUCCAGGUCAUCCCUUUAAGCUUCAGCAGAAACCUGGACCACUUCAAUCCAAACAUCCCAGAGUGGAGAGAUGACAUCGGCCAGGUGGUCAACAAAAUUCUGACUAAGAUCACAGGCAUACCUCUGGAGUCUCUGGUAACUGUGGUGAAACCAGGCCUUCCCACCCCUGCAGACCUAUAUGUCCUCCCACUGGACAGCAAACCAGACAAGAGGAGUGUCUUUGUAGAUAAGCAUAUUCCAGCCAUCGUGCAGGCUUUCAAUGACAAAAACGUCAGCUUCAUGGUCCGAGGCGGUCAGCGAGUGUUGGUGAUGCUAGCUGACCCAAAUGCAGGUCUAAUUGCUAAUGACUCAUCACCUUCAACAACAGAAAAUGGCUACCAUGGAGCAGCUGGAGGUCCGGGUGUUUGGGCUCUCGCUGUCAUUUUCCUAAUCAGCAUAAUUGCCACCGGCUCCUUCAUCCUUUACAAGUUCAAAAGUCCUUGGCUUAGGACUGAGGAUGCCUAUCCCCCACUGUUUUUCAGAAAGCUUCCUGGAAGCCGCAACGUCUACGCCCAGAUGCACAAUGAGAAGGAGCAGGAGAUGACCAGCCCCGUAAAUCACAGCGAAGACACGCAGCACAUCAUCCAAGGCGAGGAGUUCAUCGACGACGACCUGGACUCGCAGACUCUAGGUAACGCAGGAGGUAGCCCCGCCUUCCGAUCCCUUAUAAGGACUACCACUAACCACUGCUACUAAAACCCAAGCCACUAACACCAGCAGCUAACACACACCAAGGCAACCACUCAGGUGUGGUCCUGAGCAUCAACUCCAGAGAACUACACAGUUACCUGACCAGCUGAUGGCUGCCAUGGCAACGCUGAUGAGCUAGCCCAGCCUAGCCGAGCCAGCUAAUGAGCACAGGGACUCUGCCUUCUUCCUCCUCUUUUUUUUUUUUUUUCUGUCCCCACCCUCUCCUCUCCCUUGGACACUUCACCUCCACUCCAUGGCCUCCUCAACCCCUCAACUUUGUGUGAUUUGUACUUAACAUCACGGCAAGGUCCUUACUCUCUCUCUCUCUCUCUCUUCCCACCACACCACCAACACUGAUGUUAAUUGGUGUCUUGAUGGCUUAUCUGUGUCUGUAAGAAAAAUAACAUUAUGUGCACAAACAUUCUGCCACUUAACACUCCUAGAAUCAGCCAGGGAGAGCUGAACCGUCUAAACCAGCAGCUACUCAAGCUAGCUGCAGCCAAAGACGUGUUUCUGAGCACUAAAUGUGGACUGCACUAAGGUAGAGAAGUAAACUAAAGACAAGUGAGUUUUUAUUUUUUGUUUUAUUGUUUUUUUCCUUUUCUUCCCUAAAUGAUCGCUCAACCUCUCUCUCUUUAAAGGCAAUAAUAAUCUUAAUGGAAUGUACAAUAUAAGAAAAACCCUCGUGAAUAUGCAUAUGAUGAGAAUAUGCAUGCAAACACAAGGGCGGUGUUGCACUUUCUUAAAUUUCCAUUCUCCACUUCUAAGACACUGUAUGUACACACAUCUUUGUUCAUUUUCUCCAUAAUCCCAAUCCAUCCUUGAUUUUUUUGUUUGUUUUGUUUUGUUUUAAUGACCCAUUUUCAGUAGAUUGGUGUAAAAUGUUUAAAUCAGUGCCACCUCCAUCUGUCCCAUGGUGCCUGAAGCAGCAGAUCGUCAAUCUGCCCAGUGACACCACCAGUCGCCAUGUACGGUUACGUCUAAAAACACAACUUCCCUUUCUGCUCCUCCUCCUCCUCCUCACAGUUUCUGGGUGAGAGUGGACUCUGUCCUCAGGAGACAAAGGCUGCCGUCAUGGAGAGAAGGCGUAGCCCAUGUUUUCUGUAUCAGCCUAUAUUAGGCAAAAGCCCGCAGUGGAAUCGUGUCUCCUUUAAAAGUUUGCUUUGUAUGUAAAUGUGUAAAUAUGAGCAGUUAAUUCAACUUUGUACAUAUUUCCUGUUGACGUGUGUGAGUGUUUUACAUGGCUACCAAAACAGUGGUAUUGUUUUUGUUUUUUUUCUUCUUCUUCUUUCUGGAGUGAUACACGAGUUUCACCAGUUUAAUCUUCACUGUUUCACAUGUAUCUUUUUUCCUGUUUCGGUCUCAUUUAUCACAGUCUUCAUGUUAACUGGAAAUAAUUUCAUUGUCCUACAGAGACACUCACAGCUACUGUAUACAGCAAUGACUAUAUAUAUAUGGAUAUUUUUGAUACACAUGUCAGGUUUUUGCCAGUAUGUGUAAACACUGGUUAGUGUUUCUGUUGCCUUUUGCUGAAGUCUUUUUGUUUGUUUGAUUGCACUAAUGAUGUAAAAAAAAAAAAAAAAAAAAAAAAGUUGCCGUUGCCAAGUACCAGACGGCAGCCGAACAGUUCUGCAAAACUAGUCUCUGGAUGAAAGGCCUUAGAGACCAUCAGGACCAUUCUUUGGUUGGAUUGCAUUCAUUCAUUCUGGUUUACAACUUUAUUCAACUUUUGUACAUAUUGUGCUCAUGCUCAACUUGUUCUUAGUUUUGUAGUGCUGUGUCGUCAUUGUGUCAACACACCCUUCAACAGAGGAAUUUUUGGGGGAUUGUGAUAUUCUGAUGUUAAGGUUAAGGAGUUUCACAGAUGAUGACACUGACCGUGUGACUUGUACCACGCUGCUUUCCUUUGUUUUUGGUUUUGUUUGUUGUUUUUAUCUCUUUCUGCUGGUUUGUUUGAACUCUUGAUUUUGGCUAUUAAAAACAAUUGUGUCCUCUUCAGGAAGCAUAAUACACUGGACCUGCAUCCUGAAAUAAAUCACUCCCAUAACUUGUA